AUGGUAGAAAUGGAUACCACUCUCACGCAAACCAGCACUACAGAACUUCCCAGAACCGUGCCUGCCAGCCUUGAGGAUACAACAGCACCACUCCCACAAUCCACACCACACCAACUCGAUGCCUUCGUCCCUGGAUACCCCAAGAUUGCAGCACGCAUGAGCCUGAUCCCCGAGACAGCAAUGUUCCGUCGCUUCGGCGCGCUCAAUGCGCGCAACUUGCUGUACCUACAAGGCGACCUCGCGCGCAUCGAAGAAGAGCUUGUCAAGCUGGAAUGGUCAGACAGCCAGAGCGACACUGGGAAGAAGGCGUAUUACGCAUCCAGUAGUAAGCUUUUGGGAAAUGCGUCUGUGUCGCGGGAUGGUGAUGUAAGACAGCGCGAGUUGGUGGAGAGGAUGAGCGAUACGCUGUGUCGGUAUAAUCAAGCCAUCAUCCACCAACGCACCAUCCUCGAAAUGUCAACCCCCGACCCCGCCGACGUUCAAAACAUGCGAUGUUUCUACGACAGCGCGAUGAUGAACCACGGCAACACGCUCAUCGGCGCGGAUCGCGAUGUCUGGGGUACCGUGCUUGCGCAAAACAGUCACAGUCCGGAGCUCGUGGUGCUCCGGCCGCGCGAAGGCGUGGACCCGUUUUCUCGCGCGUUGUCGCGGUAUGCGGUCCCGCUGUGGGAAAUGUUUGCGCCGGCGCGGUGGAAGAAGCCGAAUCCGCGGCUUGGAGUUAUAAGUGUAAGAGAAGACUAUGUGUUUAUGACUACGCGCUGGGUCACGGGGUUUGUUGCGGCAGUGAUGCCGGUUCUUUCAAUUGAGGUUUUGAAGAGGAUGGAAGGGGUGGAGGAGAGAUUGUUGGCGAUGGCGGGAUUCAGCCUACUGAUGGCAGUGUGCUUGAUGAGUCUUACAGAGGCGAAGCGGAAGGAUGUGUUUCUCGUUGUGAUGGUGUUUGCCACUAUGCAGGCCAUCUUUGUCGACCAUGUGCCAGGCUGUCUCAAUGAGCACAUUUGA